AUGUUGACUCCUUUAAUGCAAUGCAACGAGUAUUUUUUGUGUGUAAAACAGUUUGGUGAAAAGAAAGAUAAAUAUCUGAAGCAACAGCAAGGAAUUUCAUGCGUUCUUAAAGGAAAGAAGAGCGCCUGGGUAAUAGACUUAAGAAGAAAGCUUUUUGAUAUUGUCUUUGUUCAUAAAUUAAAAGAAUUAUUUAUGAGAAAAUAUCCUUUCGAAGAAGUUGCAAACACUGAAGAACUUUUAAUUCCUUCAAAAAUUGAUUCUUGCAAAUAUUGCGACUUAUAA